AUGCGCACCGGCAUUCUCAAUAUCGAACCAGCGGGCGAGAGGAGCGAUUCCGUGUCGGAAAGGCCAAGUGGUGGCGGCGACACGCGCGCGCAGGAAGAGAGAAUUCCGGCACCAACGUCAACCCACCCAGCAUCGUCAGCACCACCACCGACAACAAGAACGGGGCCGGUUAACGGACGAACGACAACGACGACAACAACCGCGGGAUCGGUGCAAGUAGAGGACGAUAUUGGCGCUCCAGAGAUUCUCAAGAGCCGAAAGACGACGACGACCAAGAAGAGGACGGAGACCAAGACGGCGGCAGCAGCGGCGGCAGCAACCACGAGUGCUGCUAGGGGAAGAGGGCCUGCCUUGAAAGCGCCGGGGGCGGAGCGUGAAAUCGCUAGCCUUCCUGUCGUUGAGCUCGGGAGCAUGAAGUUCAUCGCCCACGGCGCCUUCUGCGCCGUGUUCGCGUGCAAGUACCGAGGGUUCAGCGUGGUAGCCAAGCGCGUGCGAGAAGACCUGCCCCUCCCGGAGCGAAGGAAGGCCCUCGAGAACCUCUGGCAGGAGUAUGACUGCCUGCAGCCUCUGCAGCACCCCAACGUUAUCGAAGCCUACGGCAUGUGUCGCGUGAGGUGUCGCGAAGGCUACGACGACUGGAACGAGAGAGAUGUCUGCCUCCUGCUAGAGCAGCUGGCUUUCGGUACCGUGGGGCACCUCUUUGGUACGACCUACUCCGUGGAGAAGAACCUCAAAACCGCAAUGGCUCGGUCGCGGAAGAUGAAGAUGGUUCCUUUUCGUUGCCGAUUGCACCGGGCCCUGGAGCUUGCGCAAGCCCUGGAGUACGUGCACGGAGGGUCUGGCAUCGGCUCCAUGAUGCACCGCGACAUAAAGAGUAUGAACGUCGGGUUCGCGCAGAAUGGGUGUCUCAAGCUCCUAGACUUUGGACUCUCCAAGAUGGUUCCACUCGACUCUACUGAGGACGACACCUACGAGAUGACUGGUGAGGUGGGGUCCUACAGGUACAUGGCACCCGAACUCGUGAAGCACGAGCCGUACAACGUUAAGGUGGACGUUUACAGCUGGGCUAUCCUGAGCUGGGAGAUUUUGGCCAUUGACAGGCCAUACGCGGACAUGAACCAGGCUUCUUUCAUCAACGAGGUUUCGGGAUCAGCCGAAGCUAACCGGAGAUGCCCCGAAGUGUAUUUGAUGAGUUGA